AUGCCUCUCCGAAUGGGUGCGAAUGGACUGAACCUAACGGAAGCCAAUCACAUCAUUUUCAUGGAACCCAUUACAGAGACAUCCGUGCUUUCCCAGGCUGUUGGCCGAAUUGAUCGUAUUGGGCAGCGUCGUACUAUUACAGUGCAUAAUUUUAUUGUUAAAGGAUCCAUUGAGGAAGAGAUCUACAAGAUUGUCAACGGAGGUGUGGAGCAAAGCAAAUGGACAUUGGCAACACUGUACCACGUGUUUGGCCUACCAGUAGACCUUGACCGAGACCAAAUGCGUCCGGAAGCGUAG